AUUGCAUAUCUGACACUAUUGUCACUAUCAUGUAUUUCAUAACACCUCUUAUCGUUUUCAGCCUUCUUUUCAGCUGCAUAGAAUGUGUGAGAGAGGUUUCUAACGGACAUGACACAGCAACUAAGACAUUGGAUCUCGUUCAACAAGUACUUUGCACCAAUUUUAAAUCAGAUAUGCCUGUUUAUUCAUUGACUGUCUUGGUGAAUGAUAAUUAUGUUUGUGCACCGACCAAAAAGUGUUUUUCAUCAAGUGAAGUGAUAGUUGGUGGCUUUGUGGGUGUUCAUAAAUGUCCAGUGGGGAACGUAAAUCUAAAUAUCGAACAGAGCCAAACUCACAGAAGAAGCCUUUUGUUCUGGGGAGGCGCGAAAGACCGUCGACUUACUGCAGACUUGCUAUACAAAGUUGGUUAUGGGUUGGGAGUAAUCAGCAUAACACAAAAACGCAUAAGAACAUCCCACUGGAUCGAGAAUCCAUCAUGUCACUAUCCAUACUCGCUAUGUGCCAUGACAGAUGUGAUAUUCAAGGAUUUCGCUUACACAUCAAGCAAACGUCCUGACUUGGAUAGAGAAACUCAAGUUUACCCAUACCAGAAUCUUGCCGAUUUUAAUGUCACAUGCUCCACCGCUAGAAACACAUUUUAUGAUUAUGAAGUUCUGGGAGCGUUAAAUGUGCUCCAAAGGCAUAUCACCGAACUAACAGCGGAAGAUGCAAAUUCCAAAGAGACAUCGAAUCGCGUUAAGCGUGACGUCGCCAAAUCAACUUCCAAAGAAGAAUUGCCUCACAAUAAGCGUGACGUCGCCAAAUCAACGCAGCAGAUGGUCACUACGAUUAAAUCAGCCUUGAAUACAUGGAACCUAACGAUGUUUAUGAAUAGCACAAUAAGAGAGUAUACAGAAACUGAAUGUAUGAAGGCAACUUGUAAAUGUUACAUUAAAAUAUAUCAAUUUCUAAUAGUCUUAAACGAGGCAAUGCUAUACAUGUGGAAUGCUGGUUUGAAAAUAUACAAAAACUAACUAACUGACGAAGAGUUGACUUGAUGAAGAGAAAUCAUCAAUUGACUCAUCAUGGAUAAAUUCACCUAACACUUACCCUUAAUAAUAAUGUCAUCAUCUGCCUUUAAUUAACUCUGAUAUUCUCAUUGUGAUAAAUAAAAUAUACUGUUUCUGC